UAGAUUCAUUCGAGGAAGUGGCAGGAGAGGCAACUCAAACGACGGAGAAGAGUUUGUUGUUUAUUCUGCGUUUAGAGAGGACUAACCGGCCCGAAUCCUUAUCAAAAUGUCGGAAUUUGAUAGCAACCCGUUCGCAGACCCUGCCGGCGACAAUCCUUUCAAUGACCCGUCGGUCACACAGGUGACGAGCGUCACCGUAGAACCAGUGGAUCAGUUCAACCCGUUCCCUGCUCAUCCCACAGUUUUCCAGGACAACCUAGCUACUCAUACCACCUCUCCCUACCAGCCUGCUGUGUUGCAGCCGUCCUCAGUGCCCAGUCCGCAGGCGACGGCUGCUGCAGCUCAGGCCAAUCUGCUGAGGCAGCAGGAGGAGCUGGAGAGGAAAGCUGCGGAGCUGGACCGCAGAGAGCAGGAGCUGCAGAGCCGGGGCCCCACAGGUAAACAGAACAACUGGCCUCCACUUCCUAAGAGCUUCCCCAUCAAGGCAUGUUUCUAUCAGGACUUCUCAGAGGAAAUCCCCCCCGAGUACCAGAGAGUCUGCAAGAUGAUGUACUACCUCUGGAUGUUCAACUGUGUGACUCUGUUCCUCAACCUGCUGGCGUGUUUGGCGUAUUUCACCACGAAUAAUUCGCGUGGAAUUGACUUCGGCCUCUCCAUCCUCUGGCUCAUCCUCUUCGCUCCCUGCUCCUUCAUCUGCUGGUACCGGCCCGUCUACAAGGCCUUCAAGACUGACAGCUCCUUCAGCUUCUUCUUCUUCUUCUUUGUGUUUUUCUGCCAAGUGGUGGUCUUCAUCAUCCAGACUGUAGGCAUCCCCCAGUGGGGCAACAGUGGUUGGAUCACUGCCUUCACUAUUAUCGGCAGCGACAAGGCGGUGGGAGCCAUCAUGAUCAUCGUGGCGAUCCUCUUCACCAUCUGCUCCGUGCUCUCCGUCAUCCUGCUCAAGAUGGUCCACAGCAUGUACCGCCGCACCGGGGCCAGCUUCACGAAGGCGCAGCAUGAGUUCUCGCAGGGCGUCCUCACCAACAAGACCUUCCAGACGGCGGCUGCCGGAGCGGCCAGCACCGCGGCCAGCACCGCGGCACAGGGAGCCUUCCAGGGGAACAGAGGCUGAGCUGAGCUGCAUGCCCCAGGUCAAGGUCUCUAUGUUAUCAAGUCCAGAUCAUUCACUAGAUCAAAGCAGAAUGUAUCAGGAAGCUGAGGUUCACUGAGAACUUCCUGGAAGUUAUUGGAGGCGGCAGAUUUUAAUCUCACUUUAUAACGUACAGACCUUGAGCUAGGUGAGGCUACAUGAUUAGCCUCCCUCCUUUCACUCCCACUAUCGAUGCACAUGUUACUCCCCAUGUCUCACAUGGAAGGGGGAAGCAACACACCAAGUGCAUUCUGGGGUGGAAAGCAUGAAUGAAGUUGACUGAUAGCUAUUUAGUUUGUCCUGGCUUUGUAUAUUUUGUGUGCACUUUUUUGGCAAUGCUCUUCAGUGUAAUAUAAGCGUGUGUGCGCCCGUGUGUGUAUGUGUGUGUGUGCAUGUGUGUGCAUGUGUGUGUGUGUGCUGGCAUGCUGAUCACAUGUCUUCUUGUGGGCGCAGUACGCUUCUGUCUCUCCACACUAGUGGACCCUGAUCCUGUAAUAUAAAUAAUGAAGUACGUUUUUCUGUCUUAAAGGAAUUCUCUUUGCUGUUGAAACCAUUUUUGGCGAACCAUCUCUUAAGUGUGCGGCAAAGUUAAUAAGGAACAGAUCAAUCACGCACUUAAUUGUAAUCUGACGCGCCUUAGAUUUGGGGGAAAUGACUGUAAAUAUUCAUUCAAAUCUGAGGUUUAUUAAACAAUCCCCAUUAAUUGAGAUUAUAGUACAAUGUCUUAAAACAUGUGCCUUUUAACUUUUCUCUGGAACCAAACUCGGAACAUUUGUUGAAAUGUUGGUAUUUGGUAUCACAUAAAAACUAUUUCUACAUAAACGUCACAUCCAUAGAGUAGAGCUUUCUUCCUGCUUGUAAACAGCUAAUUUAAUUUCUUUUAUAAUUAAGAAUAUGGAGAAAAUAUAAAUUGAUUUCACUCUGCAUCAGAUUUCUGUUUCCUAUAAUAUACAUGUUUAUGAAGCGGCUUCAAAUUCUUCUUCGCUCACUGCCUUUCAAGAUCGUUUUUCCAAAGAAACCAAAUCAUUACUGACUUUUUAAAAAAGGAGCAUUUUGCUGAUGAAAUGGAGUCAAAGUAGAUACUGUAAUGGGCUGAGCCUAUUCAUUUGCUUUCAAUGCUAAGAGACAGAGCUGCUUAUGUUAUCAUGUAGAUUAACAGUAUGGAAAUCAGUCGGUGUGGAAAAUAUGAAUUAUAAGAAAACAUCUCAAACACUGUAUUGAGGUUUGUAGUGAAUCUGAUUGUCAUUUUAUUCUCGAACAUCUUUAAAGAGAACCACCCUAUAAUCAUCACCAGUAUGCAGAUAUUAUAAUUGUAAUACAUUCUUUGCUUCAAUCUCACCUUGAAAUAAUUUCAUCUCUCGUUGUCUACUUGUACCUUUCAAAGACGACCACCAAGCUCUAAAUUAUUUUUCGUGCUGAUGUAUAUGUUCUAUUGAAUUCCUUAUAUUAAAAAAACAUGCACACGUGUUAUUUUCAUAUACUGUUCUAAAACAUCAGCUUGGAUUGAUCACCUGUUAGCAUUCCUGAAGAAAGACUGCAAACUGUGUGAUGUUUUGUCUGGUUUAUGGUUUGGUCUUUCAUCCAUUACAUACCACAAGAUCUGUAUUAAUUCACACAUCACUGUUUGCGUUGUUGUGAGAGAAAAAUAAUUCAGUGCCUUUUUGUAUUUCAAUAUUGGAUUCAUCAUCUAAUAAAAUGCUUUGCUUUCA